CGGAGCCGUCCCCCCGGCCCAGUCCCCGGACCCCGGACAGGGGCACGGACGGGCCGCCAAGUCCGCACCCAGGAUGUUCCCCAUGACCAGAGCCUUGGAAGAGGCUCUUCUUCAGCACUUCAUAUACCAGAAGCUGGAGAUCGCCUAUGCCAUACACAAGCCAUUUCCCUUCUUUGAAGGCCUCCUAGACAACUCCCUCAUCACCGAGAGGAUGUACAGGGAAUCUCUGGAAGCCUGUAGAAAUUUGGUCCCUGUAUCCAGAGUGGUGCACAACAUUCUCACCAAACUGGAGAAAACUUUUAAUCUGUCACUUCUGACGACAUUGUUCAGCCAAAUUAACCUGCAUGAAUAUCCCAAUCUGAAGACAAUUCUCAGAAGCUUCAGAAGAGUUGGCACUUCCUAUGGACAGUGGAGCAGAACCGCAGCCGACCCAGCAGAAGGGAGCUCCCUCCAGCCCCUGUCGCUGCUGCCCGCACCUCCACCCUCCCCUCCCAGCCGUCCCCCCUGUGCGCCCGGCGUCAGUGAGCCUGGAGCAUCCUCGCAGCAAAGCAAUGAGACCCUGGGCGAACCGCCCAGCCCUUCGGACCCUGUCACUCCUCUCCCUGGACUCGUCCAGGAAAGAAGGAGCUCUGCAGUGACCAAUGACAACUUAACACCCAAAGUAAAUGAGGAAAGAGACUCACAAGAGGUGCCCAGCCCUCCCGCUGGCACUGUGCAAGUGACCAAUGACAACUUAACACCCAAAGUAAAUGAGGAAGGAGACUUGCAAGAGGUGCCCGGCCCUCCCGCUGGCCCCAUGCAAGUGCCCAGUGACAACAAGACCCCCCAAGUGAAAGAUAAAGAAGACCCUCCAGAGAUGUCCCAUGCGCCCUCAGGCCCUAUGCCAGUGACAAGCGAUGAUUCUCCAGAGCCAAAUGAUUCAGAAGAGCACCAGGAGACAUCCACCCCACCUCUAAACAAGAAAGGAAGGAAAAGAAAAAGAUGUAUCUGGUCAACUCCAAAACGGAGACGUCAGAAAAAAAGCUUCCCGAGAGGGGCAGCCUUACCUAGGCAUGGAAUCCAAGAGAAGCUCCAGGCGGUGGAUCAGGUGACUCAAAGGAAGGACGACUCAACCUGGAACUUGGCGGUGACAAGGGCCCAAAAGGCAAGAACUGAAAAUGCUCACAGGUCCAGAUCAGAGGGUCCCGUGGAUGAUCAAGUCUGUUUGGGAAAAUCUCCUGGGGAAAAGCAAAAGAAGAGGAAAAGAGAUGGCAGGUCAAGUUCAACAAGAAAACAGAAAAAAAGGCUCCUGAGAGGACCCGUGGAUGAUCAAGUCUGUUUGGGAAAAUCUCCUGGGGAAAAGCAAAAGAAGAGGAAAAGAGAUGGCAGGUCAAGUUCAACAAGAAAACAGAAAAAAAGGCUCCUGAGAGGUCCUGUGGAUGAUCAAGUCUGUUUGGGAGAAUCUCCUGGGGAAAAGCAAAAGAAGAGGAAAAGAGAUGGCAGGUCAAGUUCAACAAGAAAACAGAAAAAAAGGCUCCUGAGAGGUCCCGUGGAUGAUCAAGUCUGUUUGGGAAAAUCUCCUGGGGAAAAGCAAAAGAAGAGGAAAAGAGAUGGCAGGUCAAGUUCAACAAGAAAACAGGAAAAGAGGCUCCUGAGAGGUCCCGUGGAUGAUCAAGUCUGUUUGGGAAAAUCUCCUGGGGAAAAGCAAAAGAAGAGGAAAAGAGAUGGCAGGUCUAGUUCAACAAGAAAACAGAAAAAAAGGCUCCUGAGAGGUCCCGUGGAUGAUCAAGUCUGUUUGGGAGAAUCUCCUGGGGAAAAGCAAAAGAAGAGGAAAAGAGAUGGCAGGUCUAGUUCAACAAGAAAACAGAAAGAAAGGCUCCUGAGAGAAAAACCCAAAGAGGACACUCUGGAUUUUCUGUCCCCUAUACUUCCUGUGACCUGUGGUGAGGCGAAAGGCAUUUUAUAUAAGAAGAAAAUGGAACAGGGAUCUUCAGAGAAGUGCAUUCAAAAUGAGGAGGGAGUUUGGUUCACACCCAAAGAAUUUGAGAUAGAAGGAAAAGGAAGAAACACAAAGAACUGGAAGCGGAGCUUGCGUUGUAGAGAAAAGACCCUAGGAGAGCUGCAGAAGGAAGGACUUUUGCUCUGUCCUCCCAGAGUAAAUCUCAAGAGGGAGGUAAAUAGGUGAAUUUCUACCACAUUCCCAGUCUCCAUGUUGCAGACUCCCCAUGACUGAAGGCCUGCCUUAGAGUCCCUGAGUUUCCCGGCUCUGAGUGACCUUCACAUUGGGGCAUGGUGUUUUCACCCCAGCUGCUUUAGCACACCGUUACAUGUACGUGCUGUCAUUAUCUUCAUAGUUAAGGUGGGAUGAGGAAGCAAAUGACUCUUUAAAAUAAAAAUCAGGACAAAAGCUGAUGAUGUCCAUGUGUCCUAGAAAAAGAUCAGGAUAUUUGGAUGACUACAAACCAAAGGUGUCAGAAAUAGAAUGCUCUAGUUUGAGAAGCAAAUAUGGCAUUGAAAUAGACGGGAACCGUAUGUGAAAGGGCAAGAAGAUCGUCCACGAUUGAACACCAAGCAUUGCUCAAUGCUCCGUGCUUUUAUUAGGAGCACCAGGAUGAAAUAGAGCCUCCCUGCAGGUGAAAGUGACAGUCAUCCUUUGGCUGCACUAACUCCUCCUCCUCGACCCUCUUCACUUGC